UUCUUCUGCCGCCGCUAGAGAGCAGUGAGUCGCGGCGCUUGUGUUUCUUCUGCCGCCGCUAGAGAGCAGUGAGUCGCGGCGCUUGAUGGUGCUGCUGAAGUUUUCAAGAUGUCGUCGCUGGAGCAGAGACUCUCCCGAAUCGAGGAGAAACUCAAGCAGGAAAAUAAAGAAGCCCGCAAACGAAUCGACCUGAACAUCGACAUGAGCCCGCAGCGGUCGCGCCCGAGGCCAAUCAUCGUGAUCCAGCUCAGUCCAGCUCCAGCUCCCUCCCAGCGUGCAGCUUUACAGUUACCAUUGGCCAACGAUGGAGGAAGUCGCUCAUCCUCUUCAGAAAGCUCUCCUCAACACCCCUCGUACCCUAGCAGACCCCGACAAAUGCUCACACUUCCCACCCCACCCUACAGCCUACAGAAGAGCCUGGAGAAUGCUGAAAUCGAUCAAAAGCUUCAGGAAAUCAUGAAACAAACCGGAUAUCUGAAGAUUGACGGACAGCGUUACCCUGCAGAGGUGACGGAUCUGAUCAGUGAGGGGGAGAUCGGCAGUGGAACCUGUGGACAGGUGUUUAAAGUUCGCUUUAAGAAGACUGGCCAUGUCAUCGCUGUCAAGCAAAUGAGGAGGACGGGUAAUAAAGACGAGAAUAAGAGAAUCCUCAUGGAUCUGGACGUCGUGUUGAAGAGUCAUGACUGUCCGUACAUAAUUCAGUGCUAUGGAGCAAUAGUCACCAAUACGGAUGUGUUCAUCGCCAUGGAACUAAUGGGGACGUGUGCAGAGAAGCUGAAGAAGAGGAUCCAGGGUCCCAUACCAGAGGCCAUUCUGGGAAAGAUGACUGUGGCCAUUGUGAAGGCUCUGCUUUAUCUGAAAGAGAAACACGGUGUCAUUCACCGAGACGUGAAGCCAUCUAAUAUCUUGUUGGAUGCCAAAGGGCAGAUCAAAUUGUGUGAUUUUGGCAUCAGUGGCCGACUGGUGGAUUCUAAGGCCAAGACUCGCAGCGCCGGAUGUGCUGCUUACAUGGCGCCUGAGAGAAUAGACCCUCCAGACCCCAGUAAGCCAGACUAUGACAUCAGAGCUGACGUCUGGAGUCUUGGCAUUUCUCUGGUGGAGCUAGCAACAGGACAGUUUCCUUACAAGAACUGCAAAACAGACUUUGAGGUUCUCACCAAAGUUCUGCAAGAGGACCCGCCGGUCCUUCCUCUCAGCAUGGGCUUUUCCCCUGACUUUCAGUCCUUCGUCAAAGACUGCCUCACAAAGGAUCACAGAAAAAGGCCAAAAUACCACAAGCUGCUUGAACACAGUUUUAUCCGUCGUUACGAGGUGUCAGAGGUAGACGUGGCGGGCUGGUUCCAGACGGUGAUGGAGCGCACAGAGUCUCCUCGCAGCAGCCAGUGCUUCAGUCAUCACCAGCUCCAUUCUCUCUUCAGCAGGUAGCCAGGUGGAGAACGGCAGAAACGGGAGAGAAAGAGUGAUGCGAUGUUGAGAAGUUGAUGUAGAGACACAGAUGGACAGGUUUGAAAUGUAAAGUACGUUAACGAAAAAGACAGGAUGGAAUGGAAAUGGACCGAUUGAGAGGGGAGAAGUGGCAGAAACAAAAGAUAGAAUGUUCAUUUUGGAGUUUGACUGAUCGACAGACAAUCCUGGGCAGGUUUGAUGUAAAUCUGAAAUAUUUUUGUCCUUCUCAUCCACCCAUCGAACAGGAUGGACCAUUACAGGUUGCGGUCUAACACAUUCACUGUGACACGCACGCACACGCACAUUUGCAGUAACACUGUUUCACCAAACCGCCAUAUAAGUACGCGUACAGUCCAUUUAGUUCACUUCAAAAUCCAAAUCUGCACAUCACGAGGUCCUCCGUAGCCCCUUACUCAGGGACUGAACAGAGUAGUCGAACAACACUGUGCAAUGGUGUGUGUGUGAGUGUGUGCUAUUCGUUUACCAGUCCUAGUUCUUCGCUUUCCUGUACGAUUCAAGUACACCUUCUGUUCACAGCCAUUAAUUGAAUCCAAGCAAAUAGAAACUAGCGAGAUAAUAGCUGUGUGAUAAUAUCAUAAAUUAUGUUUUGUAGAAGUGUUCUUUUCUAUGCUAGCAAAAAUCAGCAGAUAUUUCAGUAAUUGUAACAGCGUUAGUGAUUCUUAGCGGUAGAAAUUCUAAUCCUUGAUGUUUAGAUUUUUAUAACUAGUUUGGUCUGGAAUUUCAUGUAUGGAAAUAGAUAUAUUGGCUAAGAGAGAAGGUUGUAUAAUAAGAUAAAACUAGUGGUUGACCGAUAAGGGUGUUUUUAAAGGUGAAGUGUAGAAUUUUCUCCAUGUUACAAUCCCAAUUUAAUAUGCAAAAACAACUUUAAAUGAACAAUUUGUGUUUGUUUGAGCAGCCUUAGCCAGCGACAUUGGUUUGUCCAAUGGUGCGAAUUUGGGGUGGGACUAUGUUUUAUCUAACCAAUUGCAGAUGGAGGGAUUUUUCAGAAAAACUUUAUUAUACCAUUUAUAAUAUCAUUGUUUAUAAAUAACGCAAUUAUGUUAAUGCUAGUCACACAGAAAUUACACACUUCACUUUCACUGGCGAUGCUGAAGUCUAGAAAGACUUCUGUUCAUCGGCCAAUGGCAAUAAUCUUAAAAUGGCCAAAUUUUGCACUAUGUAUCGGUCUAUCACUAGAUAAAACACAAAAAAAAUUAGCCCAGAAUUUGUAAAGUCAUACAGAAUGCACACCUCAGGAAGACAAGUGUUAGAAAUAGGGAUUUUAACAAGAUUUAGCAGUCUUGAAACCACAAUCAGAGUCACCAAAAGCAAACAUGAGAGAUGAUGUCAGCACUCAGAAAGACAAGUGGGGGAGUUGGACUUUUCGCAGUUUGUUUCAAGCGUUUCCUCCACAAGAAUAAAAAACGUCUCGUUGUAUGAGUGGAACAUUUCUGCUCUGAUUCACCCGACUCAUCUACCCAGACAGCCGUUCAUCAUUUCAUUCUCUUCUCCGUUCUCGCUUUCCCAUGAGCAUUUGAGUUCCCGCAAACCAAAGCAUUUUUUUUUUUUUUUGACACAGCACUGCUUUUUUCCUGCCAAGCUGUUGUUCUCAGAGGAUUUCAGCACCUGCUCGUGGGUCGUGCUGAAGAUGUUCAGCGACUUUCACAACCAAAGCUGUAGAGUUCGAGAUUCACUGCUUUAAGAAGCCAAAUCACUGCUAGACUGAGUGAGGAAGAGUGUGAGGGGGGAAAAAAAGAGAGAAAAUAUGACUAAACAAAGAUUUAGAGGGUAACGUACGUAGAGACAGGAAGUACGGUGUUAUAUAAGGGACUGAAGAAAGAGUAAUGAACGUAGCAGAGGAAAUAAUGGGAGGGGAGAGAAAAUUAGGAGAAAGGCGUAUGAAAGUAUGAAAGAAAGUCUCCAGUGAAGUCUUAUAGAAAGUAUUGACUCAUUUUUUGAGAGGUUUGGUGAUAUUUCAGGGCCGACCGUAUCAGGUGUUGGUUGUUUUAUAGAUCGCUGUGUUGUGAGCUAGCUGGACGUUGCAUAAAAGCUUUCAAUUGUUUUGAACCAAUGUACCAAUUUUUAUUUUUAGGGUUAUUUUUAGUUUGUGUUGUUUUGCAUCUUACUGUUUUGUUCAUUAUCCUUGAAACUUUGUUCUUAUUAUCUGCUAUUAUUAUUAUUAUUAUAUUUAUUUAUUAUCUUACUGCUGCUACUGUUUACUUUAGAUGCUGCUCUCAGUGAUUAUAUUCCCCAAAGGACGAAUCUUUAUUUUUUAUUUUUUCUAAACCAAAUGCAUAAAACACUGCAAUGUCGACACAUUUACCAAAUACAAGAAUGAUUACCUGUAAAACGCAUGAUGUGGUUCAUUAAGAGACAUAGAGGAACCAAGCAAGGAAGUAAAUUGAGAAUCUAUAUAUACCUAUAUCUAUAUUUAUAUCUCAGUAGUUUGUUUUUGAAACUAUGGCACUAUGCCAACUCACAAACGUCACUGCUCACUCUCAGCAACUAACAAGAAUGACUUCGUUAUUUGUACAAAAUAGUAGACACCAGCUGGUAAUAUCUAUAUAUAUUUGAGCUAGAUUUCCCUUAUUACACCAUUAGCUGUGGGUCACGCAAGCAGAUAUGUUUGUAAUUGUCCUCCUGUGUCCGUUCUGCGGUGGAUGAAUUCAUGAGUUUUAUUCAUCACCUAAUCAGUUAUUAUUCACCUCAUUAAAUAUUUUGGCUGCUUUGAUUGUGUUAAUUUGACUAUGCAAUAACACCUAUUUAGUAAAAGAAUUCUGGAGAUUUUGCCCCAAAUUCAUCAGUUUGCAGAUUCCUUUUGGAUCUGAUCAUGAUAGACAUUUUGGAAGUUUUCCAUUGAAUUGGAUUGACAAAUUAAUCAAAAGAGCUAAUAAAACACAGGAAAUGUGGAAAAUGCUUUGUUUUCUAACACUAUAUUUAAUGAGCUGUAAAUAUUUACCUCCCAAUAGUUUCUUCACUCCUUUCAGAUGCCAAAUAGAAUCUCUAACAAGACUCUUGCUGUCAACAUAAUACUGGUUUCCUGUUUGGUGUUGAUAUUCAUCACAGAUACUGUGCGACCUGCCUGUCUGUCUGUCCGUCAUUCUCUCAGUAGACCUUAUAGAUAUGACCGCAGCAUUACACACCAAAGGCGUCAUCAAUAAAACAAAUUCAAACCAGUGGCGUUGUUGUCAUUAGGAUGAUUAUUGUUAAUACUAGAUGAUGCUGGAUUGUUAUUCUGAGGACCUCAAAUGAGGGAUAUACAGCUUCAUGUAUGUAAUUUUCUGCAAGACCGUGGGGGGUGAGGUACUGGAAAUUACAUCUUAGUGUUAUGUUAUUUUUCAGUCUUUCACCCUUCACUGUUGUGGUUUUAUUUUGCUCACACACACACACAUGCCUAUGGAAGCUUGUUUAAUAAAAAUUGCAAUUGAAAAUUUAUAUCUCACAAUUCAGACUUUUUUUCCAUCAGAAUUUUGAUAUAAACUUGCAAUUGUGAGAAAAAGUCUGAAUUGCUAGAUGUAAACUCACAAUAACAAGAAAAAAAGUCAGAAUUGCGAGAUAUAAACUGCAAUUGUGACGUUAUUUCCCACAAUUCCAAAUUCUGAGAAAAAAAUCUGGAAAAUAAAAAAAAGAAUUCAGAUAUUAAUUUGCAAUCUCAAGAAAUAGUUAGAAUUGACAAACUCACAAUUACUAGAAAAAUGUCAGAAUUGCGAGAUAUAAACACAAUUACAAGAAAAGUCAGAAUUGCGAGAUAUAAACACAAUUACAGGAAAAGUCAGAAUUGCGAGAUAUAAACAA